GUGGUAUUAUUCAGCACGACUUGAUUUUCUCCCUUCAACAAACAGAAUGUGUCCUUAAACCAGUUGAAACUUCAGAUAUGAAAAUGACUCAGCUAUUCACCAAAGUUGAAUCAGAAGAUACAAGUAGCCUCUUUGAUAAACUUAAGAAGGAACCUGAUGCUUUAACUUUGCUGGCCCCAGCCGCUGGAGACACAAUCAUAUCUUUAGAUUUUGGCAGCAAUGACACAGAAACGGAUGACCAACAACUUGAGGAAGUUCCAUUAUAUAAUGAUGUAAUGCUUCCCUCAUCCAAUGAAAAAUUACAGAAUAUAAAUCUGGCAAUGUCUCCAUUACCUGCCUCUGAAACUCCAAAGCCACUUCGAAGUAGUGCUGACCCUGCACUUAAUCAAGAAGUUGCAUUAAAAUUAGAACCAAAUCCAGAGUCACUGGAUCUUUCCUUUACCAUGCCCCAGAUUCAAGAUCAACCAGCCAGUCCUUCUGAUGGAAGCACUAGACAAAGUUCACCUGAG